AUGGCCUCUCUAAGUGUUGCGGUGAUGACAUUCACAAUAAUGGCGGGCAUCGCAGCGGCCCCCAGUGACCCUUGCUUCAACUACGACACCAAGUCGAAAGAGAAUAAAUUCGACGCAAAAGAGAUCAUGGAUCCUGCAACCCUAGCCUGGCACCGGCCGCAGUCGGCAACUUCCCGCCAGGAGGAGGAGCUAAUUCAGAAGAGUACUCGUGCUGCGUCAAACGUGACCGACCCUCUUGAGAAACUACGUCUACUAUGCUUGUCUAGAGGUGCGACUGGAAUAUUAGGCCUAGGAAGGGUGUUCAGAAGAAUGGACGAUGACGGUAGCAAACAGCUCAAUAAAGAAGAGUUCAUGAAUGGCUUGAAGGAAACUGGGCUGGAGCUCAGUAAGGCGGAAGCAGAGGAGCUGUUCAAUAAAUUCGAUACAGAUAAGAGUGGAUCCAUUAGCCUUGAUGAGUUUCUUAAGCAAAUCCGUCCACCGAUGUCAGAGUCACGCCGCGCUAUCGUGGAGCAAGCUUUUAAGAAGUUGGACAAAACCGGAGAUGGCGUGAUCACUAUUGACGAUAUUCGCGGAGUUUACUCGGUCAACUCUAAUCCACGAUACAUGAGUGGCGAGGAAACAGCCGAUGUGGUUAUGACCAGGUUUUUGGCCAACUUUGAAGACGAUGGAUCUACUGACGGAAAGGUAACACUUGAGGAGUUUAUGAAUUACUACAGUGGCAUCAGUGUCUCCAUCGACAAUGACUGCUAUUUCGACUUAAUGAUGCGUCAAGCUUACAAAUUGUAA